AUGGCUGAAGAUGCCGCCACAGUUCUUGAACAGUUCAUCAACGAUGUUGCCAAUCUCCCCGCCGAAAUCGCGCACAUCUACGAGGAGAUACAGGCCAAAGACAGAGUUCUCAAGGAGCACCGUGAUAGUGCCUUGGCACGUGACAAUUCGCUGCAGAAGUUCAUCAAGAACCAUGGGAGCCACACGGAGAACCCAAGGAGGCCGUAUGAGAAAUUGGUGCUCGCAAAGAAGGCGGUGGAUCUGAUGGAUAAGCACGUGAAUCGACUGGAUGCCAAAAUCCAAGAUCUUAUGCGUGAUGGGCUUAUGCCUCCGGACUCAAUCAUCAAUUCCCCUUAUCCAAGCAAUCUUCCUAUAAAUGCGCAUACACGCCAACCUUCUAUACGAGCUUCCCCUUCCACCAUGGGCCCUACCCGUGCUGCCUCCUUUGCUCCUACCUCCACUCACCCAACGCCCGCCUCUUCCAACCUUAUUCACUCUACUCCUGUUUCAACCCCCACUACCUCUUUCCCCCCACCACCUUCAGUCUCAACGCCCCGCGAUGGGGACACCAACAAGCGCAGGCGACUAACUGUACAGACCUCGUCGGCUGCACCCGCAAUCCCAUCAAAUCUUGCCUCUAAUCCAUCCACACCUGCGUAA